AUUUCUUCAUGUUCUCUACAAUUCAUUUGGUUCAAACCCUCUGAAUUGUUCUGUCCGCAAUCAUGAAGCUCUCAGUUUCCAAAUUCCUCGUUGUCGCCCUGGCGUCAACUGCCACUGCUAGCACUUGGUUUGGCAAAGCAGUGUACAACAAAUGGCACGAGACUGAGUUAGAGCGAUGGCUCUCUGAUCAUGAUAUUCCUUACCCUACUCCCGCGGAUCGAAAAGAUCUAGAGAACCUUGUCAAGGACAACUGGCAAACCUACGUCGUUGACACCGCUGCUCAAGUCGGAAACCAAGCCAGUGAAAACUACGGCAGCGUCAAAGAUUGGAUCUUCGACAGCUGGACCGAGUCGUCUCUCAAGUCUUUCCUUGACCAUCACAAUAUUCCCGCCCCAGAACCUCGCACUAGAGACAGCCUUCUCACCUCCGCCCGCCAGAACUACGACUCAAUUGCCAAAUCUGUCGGCGAAUAUGCCGCGUAUCCUGGAGACUGGCUAUAUAGCACCUGGUCCGACUCUGAGCUCAAAGACUUCUUUGAUCGCCGUGGCAUUCCCGUUCCCCAACCGACUACUCGCGACAAACUAAUCGCCCAUGUCCGACGCAAUGCCCGUAUCGCCUCUCUCAAUGCGCAGAACUUCGCAUCUGGAGCAAGCGCCUCUGUUGCUAGUGCUUCGGCUAGCCUCGGCAGCACUCUAUUUACCGCCUGGUCUGAAAGCCAAAUCAAGGAGUACCUUGACAAGGCCGGUGUUCCAGUGCCUCAGGGUAGCAAGAGAAACGAGUUGCUUGCCUUAGCCCGCAAGCAUUAUACGAAUCUUGAAAAAGAAGCAUCCGACCAAGCGUCUUCAGCUUCCGGAUCUGCUGCGUCUGCUUUUGGCGCUGCCACCUCUUCUGCAGGCAACGAGUACGCUCGUGCAACCGAUGACGCUGCCUUGAAGGCGGAAGAUCUCUUCCAAUCGGCGAUCAACGCUUGGUCCGACUCUCGCUUGAAGGCCUUCCUUGAUGCUCGAGGUGUUCCUGUUCCUCAAAACGGCAAGCGUGACGAGCUCAUCAAGCAAGUGCGGUUGCAUAAACACAAGGCAGCCACAGGAUGGUCUGCUUGGACUUUUGACACCUGGACAACAGAGAAUCUUCGCAAGUAUCUCGAAGCCAAUGGUCAGAAGGCUAAGAAGAAUGCCAAAGCUGGCCGAGACGAGCUUGUCAAGCAGGCUCAAGAUCAAUAUGUCUCGGCUUCCAAGGCUGGUGGUCCACAGUACGCAUCGGCCACCAAUUACUUGGCCAAACAGACGGACGCUGCCAAAGAUAGCACUUUUGACACCUGGUCAGACAGUGAAAUCAAAUCGUAUCUCGACAGUUACGGCAUUCCCAACUACCAAGGCACGACAGCCAACCAACUCCGGGCUGAGGCCAAGAAGCAAUAUUACUAUUUCCGAUAUGGCACGUCGACACCUGCGGGCACCAUCUUUGAACAAAUUAAGAACGGCUUUCAAUGGGUUGUCGCGAAACUUCAAGGUCCUGCCUCUGACGCCUCCGCAGCUGCCAGCUCGGCAGCCAGCAGCGCCUCCAAGACGGCUUCGGCGAGCGCUUCAAGUGCCUCUUCGAGCUUCAAGAAAGAAUUGUAAACGUCGAGGAUAAGGCAUAUCCAUCAGGGUGCACCUUUCUUGGCAUUUCACACGGCAUGGACUGUAUGGAUGAAUCAAUGGGGAUGGAAGGGUAGACUGGAGGGCAGGAACUCGGGUCGCGUUGAAUGAUACCUGAUACCAAGCGUGGUCUUGUGUAGGAAUCGAGGUGUGCUGACAAGGGGUCAAUGUAUUCAUUAGAGCUUUCAAGCUACGAUAGCGACGCCCACAAUGAAAAGUAACCUAGC